UCAUCACCCAGCGCCGGGCCGACGGCUGAGCGGAGGGCGGCGAGUGACAAGGGAGGAUGCUGAGCCGGCUUCAGGAGCUGCGCAAAGAGGAGGAGACACUGCUGCGGUUGAAGGCGGCCCUGCACGACCAGCUGAACCGCCUCAAGGUUGAAGAAUUGGCCCUCCAAUCAGUGAUUAGUUCUAGAAGAGGGGAUGAGAUGCUGUCUUCUCAACCUGCACCUGAACAAUCACACGACAUGUUGGUGCAUGUAGACAAUGAAGCAUCAAUCAACCAAACUGCACUGGAGUUGAGUACAAGGAGUCAUGUGACAGAAGAGGAAGAAGAGGAGGAAGAAGAAUCAGAUUCCUAAAAGGGGGAAAGAGCCAGGGUUAGUUAUACAAAUUAAAUUUGUAAGUCUCAGGCACUUUCCCUUUUCAACAAAAUCAUCUUGCCGUGGGCCCUAUGGCUUGCUUGAAAGGGAAGAAAGAACUGUAGGAGGAUGUAUAGUUGUAAAAAUGUCUACAUCCAUAACUCAAGCUUCAGAAUGUUUUUACAAAAAUGAGUGAUAUACAGACAAUCAAAGAUGUUGUGGUGUCUUAGCAUUGAGCAAUAUGGGUGGUGCUGUGUCUGCAAUCUGGUCAGAUUCAGUAACUGUUCACAAUUUCCUCUGAAAUACUGAGAAAGUCUGGCAUUUGCAAAAAGGGCAGAGUUUAAGUACAAGACAGCCUUUCUAGUUAACAAUGCCUCUUUUUAAGAAAAGCAAUUAAGAGGCUGUUUGCAUGCCAUUGAACCCUUGUGAGCAGAGUUAGGCCACAGUCUAGGACAGCAAGAUGACAAGGGGAAAGACAGACGGCUACCCGAGAGCACAAGCUGUUGCCACUUUUCAAAAGCAUUGUAACACACUCCUUACUAUAGAUUGCUUUGUAUGGCUGUUAUCAUGCCUAGCCUGAGACAUCACUGGUAGCAUGUGAUUAGAAAUAAAACAUAAAUAGCCUUCAUGGAGCUUGCUGGUCUCCAUAUACCCACAGAGAAAAGAAUCAGUUCCUCCUUGGAGGAAAACAUACAGCAGGAUGGUUUAAAACCCAUUUCUGGUCCUUAGAGAGGAAGUGUGCCAUGCUAGAGGUUGGAUUUUUAUAAUAAAGACAUGACAGCUGCAGAAUAAGAGUUGUUGACACUUAGUAUGUGAAGUUGAGAUUAAUUUUUGCAUAUAGUACCUUUUCUGCUGAAUAUGCAGUUAUAUAAGUAAUUGUUUAGUUUUAUAAAAUUCAUUUCCCCUGCCCAAGCAACAGAAAAGGCAAAAUACAAAGAACCUCCUCAGCAGACUUACGUAACUGUUCCAGAAAAAGACAUGGAUACGUUUUUUUGUUAACGUUUCAUUAAAGUUAUUUUGAGCUAUUCUUACAGGAAAUAGCCAGAAGUUUAAAUGAGCAUGUUCUUUGAAACACAAAAUGUAAAGACAGUUUUGGAACAAAAAGCAUCAAGGUAUAUACAUUUUGGGGAUCCAAUUUAAGAUAUGAGUAUGGGUUUUUAAGAGCUGGAAACAUUGGCUGUGAAUCCUAGCUCUACCACUAACUGAUCAAUUGCCCUCCCACCUCUUUGCAACUCUCACUUUCCCAUCUGUAAAAUGAGGAUAGUUACAUCUGCUCUAGCAAUUUCACAGGUUGCUGUGAGGUACUAAUGAGAUACCAUUUAGAAAUCCAACUAUUAUUGAUGUCUAUCAGUAAAGGAAGUUUGAGGAAGGAAUUUGGCAUGGGGUACUCAAAACACUGCAAGACUGAUACAGGGACAUCAUUCUUGAAAACAAGAUCAUUAUCUUGGUAAGAAUUACUGGAAAAAUCUCUUGAUUCUAAAAAUGCAGUACCUUUGAAUGUGAAUAGAGAAUUUAAAGCAUGACUCACACAGGGUGUGAGAAGGGUACAGGUGUUAAAACUCAGCCUGAAUGUUUGUAUGUUAAAAACAUAUAAGUUGAACUGUUGACUUAGAACAGCUGUUGGCCUUACAGUGAGGAAAAAUGAUUGAGUAGUUUAGGUGGCAGUAUAUACAACACUGACCAGUUGUGGUUUUUUUGAUCGGUAAAGGGAUCACAAUCCUCAGCACGGUGUGGUCUGCACCACACUCAGCCAGUGAGUGCACUAGCCAUCCCUACAAGGGUCCGAACCCACAGCCUCGGUGCUACUAGCGCUGCACUCUCCCCAGUGAGCCACGGGGCCGGCCCAACACUGACCAGUUUUUAAAAUCUUGGCUAUACCCCAAGCUCUGGUAGCUC